AUGCUUUUCAGUAAGACUUCCUUAGCAUGCAUCGUGCUGUACGCCUUAGGGGCCAGUCAAUUGGUACUAUCUACCUCUAUUGAAGGUGCACGAAGAUUUAUCUGUGUGAACACGCACCAGGAACUCGUGGACAAAUACCCUCAGCAGAACCAACACGCAGCGCUCGAAAUGACGUCCGACUUUGCGAGGGUUAUUUCGACAUUAACCCGUCCUGAUAUGAUCGACGUUGCGGAUGAACAGGUUAGAGGGCUCAAGUCGAGAAUUCCGCAAUUGACGCACCAGGCGAGACAAAUCAGUCCAGAAUUCUCUGCCGACUUUACACAAGUAUUAGCGAACUUGGCUAGACAAUAUACGGAAAAGUCAAUCCUACUCAAGUCCAAUGCGAGGAAAGUAUGA